AUGCGUUUCUCCCAGUCUCUCAUUGUUAUGGUCGCUGCCACCAUGGGUGCCAACGGUGCUCCAUCUGGCAUGGACACCCGUGAGCAGAGCGCUCUAAGCCAUCCCGCUCUUAUGGGCAGACAGGCAACCCCGGUUGUGCCAGAUGCCACUCCUUCUGCUCCCUCUCCCGUCCCGGAGCCUAAGAAAGACGGCGACAAGAAUGGCGACAAGAACGGCGACAAGAACGGCGACAAGAACGGCGACAAGAACGGCGACAAGAACGGCGGACGUGAUGGCAACCUCGAUGGAAUCCAGGACUGCCGCGCCGAGGACCGCGGCCUUGACAGGGACGGAAGACAGUGCUGCAUGCGCAGUCGCCAGGACGGUGAUCGCGAUGGCGACCGCAGGGUGCCCCGCGAUGAUCGCGAUAGUGACCGUAAUGGACGUGGCGACAACCGGGAUGGCCAGCGCGAUUGUUUCCGCAACGACAUCAACGGCCCACCUCCCCCGCUUGGCCCCCCGUUUGGCCCCCCCUUCGGUCCCUACCCUGUUCAGCCCCGUCCCGGUUUCCGCGACGCCCCGGGUGUCUAUCCACCAGGCUUCCCCGGAGCCGUUCCUCCUCCUCCUCCUCCACGCUUCCCCGCAGCCGUUUCUCCUCCCCCUCCUCCAGGCUUCCCUGGAGCCGUUCCUCCUCCUCCUCCUCCUCCAAGCUUCCCUGGAGCCGCUCCUCCUCCUCCUCCUCCUCCCCCUCGUGGUCCGGACGGUCCCCGUGGCCCCGGUGGCCCUGAUAGGCCUCGCCGUGGUUCUGACGGGGGUCGUGAUGGCGCCACGAAGACCGAAUAG